GCAUGAACAUCAUGAACUUUUUGAUUUCUUUUUUAUUUCUAAUUCAGCUUGGGAAUUACUUCGCAAACGCGAAAGAAUGGAAGGAAACUCUACUCCUCCACCACUCCAAAAAUCUAACCGGGGUGAACCCCCAAUGCAACAAUGACACUGAAACAUGGUUGCACUCUUUGGAUAUUCUCACCGAAGUCUCUCUAGAAUGCAUUUUAUCAAAAAAGUGCUCCAAGAAGGAAGAGCUUUUGCUCAGAGAUAACUUUUAUGCUCUGGAACAACUGGAUUCGUUUGGCAAAUUUCCAUCGAUUGGAUUAUUCGAGGUCCCAUUGAUUUUUGAUGGGUCUUAUCAGGAGUGUGAACGGAUAAGUGGGAAAAGCGAAACGAAAUAUGAAACCAAUUACUGCUACGUGCUAUUGAUUCCCGGCAAAAAUUCAAGCCAUUGUCAUGAGACAAAAUCUGGAGAUUUGUCGCCUACCACCUUAUUCUUUAGGAGUGCAGUCUGUAUGCCAAACUCUUGCAAUCAACGGGAAAUAUCUGAUAUAAUAAAUGAAAUAUCAGACAUUCCAUUUACGGCAUGCGGUUCCCAAUGUUCAAGUUAUCCCGUUGAGAAGAACUCUGCGUUUUGGGGAUUUUCAGUUUUCAUGAUAGUUAUGAUCUCUAUUGCGAUUCUGGCAACUUCUGUGGAUUAUAUUUUGGAUGCAAUUGCAACUGAUGAGGAACAACGAGAAAAGAAUAAACGCCACUUGCUUUUGAAAAUCUUGAUCUCAUUCUCCCUAUGGACCAACGCUGAGUUGAUACUAUCCGUUAAAGAGCAAAAAGUUGGUUUCAUAAAAUGUCUGGAUUGCAUACGUUUUCUCUCAAUGCUCUGGGUUGUGUCUGGCCACACUGUUAGUAAUAUAAUGUUUCCAGACGUGCUCCUUCCUGUCACCACAUUUACCAAACAUUUUUGGAACCACUUACUCUUGAAUGCCUUCGUCUCCGUAGAUACCUUUUUCUUGCUCUCAGGAAUCGUGGUAUCUUAUCUGUUCUUCAAAAACCGAAUGAAAUCCUCUCAAAUAAAAAGUCCACUAACUUGGAUCCUUUUUUACGUGCAUCGGUACCUCCGGCUCACCCCACCAUACAUGAUUUUUCUCGGUUUCUACAUAGUUUACAGUGAAUAUGUUCAAGGACCAACUGCCGCUGCAGGCUUGAAUGCCGCGAUCUAUUCCGUAGAAUCUUGCAAGAAAACCUGGUGGAGAAAUCUGUUGUACAUUAACAAUUUCGGUGACAGCACACAUGCAUGUUAUGCUAUAACUUGGUAUCUGGCAGUAGAUACACAGCUUUACUUGAUCGCUCCGAUUGUGCUCAUAGCUCUAUGGUUUUCAUUUGUUUGGGGAGCACUGGCGGUGGCAGCUGGGUGUGCAGGAAGUAUUGUUACGGUUUAUGUUCUAUACGCGGAGUAUCAUUUACCAGCUGAUCAGUUUGGAAAGGGAAGUCUCCUCGACUUUGGCAAAAUCUUAUACCAAAAGCCUUGGGUUCGUUGUACACCAUACCUUAUUGGACUGCUGGUUGGAUAUGGAUUGGCAGUUUUUGGUAAAAGGAGAGUCCGUCUUCACUGGGCGCUAGCAGUUGUCGGAUGGCUAAUUGCUUUCGGAAUUGCUGUGGCUUGCCUCUUCUCAACAAAUGAUUAUGAUAAGGGAGCUGUUUGGAGCGACUUUGAAAAAGCAACCUACUACAACUUUUCCCGAUUCUUCUGGGCAAUCGCUGUUUCCUGGGUCAUUGUGGCUAACCACAUGGGAUGGGGAGGGCCCAUCAACAAUUUUAUGUCGCACCCAAUUUGGCAGCCAUUUGGAAAACUAUCAUAUUGCGCGUACAUUGUGCAUUUUUUCUUGAUUUCUUGGUACACGAACAUUAGCGAAGCACCCAUGCAUUAUUAUUCAACAUUUCAAGUGUGGAUCUACUACGCGGUUCCAGUCACAAUCAUAGCCUACAUUUUUGCAUUUUUCUGGAGCUGCCUUUUCGAAAUCCCAACUUUAAAAUUAGAAAAAAUGCUGAUAGAAGCUAUACUCGGAGCAGGACACACUCGAGCUUCAGGGAAAGUUGGAGAAUUGGAAAAGCCUGUGGAGCCGAGGAUUGGAAGCUGGGAUAUAGUUCCUGUGAAAAUGGAUGAAAAUGCGGAAAAUUUCAAUGUGAAAUUAUGAAGAAUUUAAGAAAUCUCAGUCCAUUUAAGUACAAUUUUAUUGAAACUCAUAAAUGUUUUUAUAUUUCUUUUUAAUAUGAAGGAAAUCAGAGUAAAAAUGAAUUUCGAAUUGAA